AUUUGAGCGCUCGCCAAUGUAUUGCCACCUGCCACAUUCAGUUUUAAGUCGUUUCUUGUAGCGCGCACGGCAGUCCAACGAGGAGCAAGAUACCACGUAUCUGUGAACCCGUGGCUUGGCAGAAUACACGCUUCAUCCGUUGUUUUUAACGAUGGGAGCAACCCUUUCCAUUAAUAGGAAAGAUCUGCUACACGAGUAUUCCAUAUGGAAUAUCAAAGCUCGCGAAAGUGGCAAGUCCUACCACUGUAAGUGUUGUUAUCAUGUUAACAGCGACAUUCACAGUAAAGAGAACAAGGCGCCUCAAACAACCUGCGAUGCCGUGGCCGCGUACCUCCACAAAUGCGCUAAUGUGGGCAAGAAAAAGAUGAAAUCGAAGAUCGAACCAGCACCUUCUAAAUCAAGCAAGUUUAAGGAAACUGAAACGCAAAAAAGCGAUCCAGCUCCGCCGCUCCUCGCACAAACCCAAGAAAUUAAACUGCCAAUCAAGACGACAGACUCCAUGCAAGUUGUCAGCCAAGGUGUUGAUAUCCCUCCAGCGAAUCCUAAACUACCGAUUUCGCAGUCGUUUCUGAUCAGUAGCGACGCUCUUCGCUGUCUGGGAAAUUUCGUCCGCUGCCAUUGCAAGAAUCUAACUCGCUUCCGUGCAUCGGAGGUAAUUUUAUGGCUGCGAGGAGUUGAUAGGGCGUUACUACUACAAGGCUGGCAGGAUCAAGCUUUCUUGACACCACCCAAUCUUGUGUUCUUAUUUAUGCUGCUAAAGGAAAGUCUGUCGGAUAAAAUCCCUAAUCCAGCCCAGUUACGCGCUGAAAUUUUAACAUGCCUGUACAUGGCUUACACAUACAACGGCCCCGAAAUAAGCUAUCCUUUAAAACCUUUCCUUGUGGAUGGAGACAGGAGAGCUUUCUGGGACCGGUGUAUGCUUAUAACAAACAACCUGAGCGAGAAAAUGCUUCAAAUGAACAGAGAGCCGAAAUUUUUUGGCGAACUCUUGGUCGAACUGAAAAACUAUGGUGGAUCGUCUAUAACUGACAGACGAGAUGGGUAGAAUUAAUACGCAGUGCCCUUUGCUUUCUGAAAAUCAAAUGGUCUCCUGCUUAAAAAAAAAAAUAGGUGUCAAUAAUUUUCUUGACCGAAAAAAAAAAAGAUUGGACAAAGCUUUCGGGCCGGCGUUCCAAGUAAAAUAGUAUAUUUCAAUUUCAGAGGCUGCUUGCUAAUUAACUAUGCGCGUCGCUUUCAUCAAAACUAAACUUCCCUCUGUUUUAGAAUAUUGCAGCUGAUUUUAUGGAGUUCAUAACUUAUUCAGCGCAUCUUAGCAUUGAAAAAUUACAAUAGCUCUGUAAACAACUCGUUUAUUUUACAACUGGCAUUUCGACCUUCCAUGGAUUUCAUAUAUUCUCUUUUGUUAAUUUUUCCGGACAAAUAUGGAAGCUCGAACUCGAUAAUCUUCGCGGUCAAGGAUAAAGAACUGGAAAAUACAUCUGCGGUUUUUAUUGCUUAUAAAUAUGAGAUGAAAGUCAAGCUUUGCCCAGAAAACGUGCCCGCGGUGUGGAAUUAGGUGAGAAAGUUCCUUUUUAAGGAACACGAGUUUCGUGCGUUGUAAAGCAGAAUUUAUGGCAAAAAAUCGCCCAUCAAUCAAAAUGUAAAAUUCAGAUUUUAUUCAACACAAAAGAAAAU